AUGACUACAGAUGACGAUGAAAACGUACUAGAAAAAUUAAAACAAGAAGUAUAUGAACUAGAAAGUGAUAUAACUUUUAUAACACAAGAUAUUAAACUGAACUUAAAAGAAGAACAACAAUUAACUCAUGAAAUAAAUAAUAUAAGAAAGAUUGAAAAUAUUCAACAUCAACAACAUAAUAAUAUAAAUGCACCACAUAUAAUACGACAUAAUUAUUUUGAUUCAAGUAUUCAGCAAUAUUUUGAUACGAAUAUAGAUGAACCCGAAGUACCCAGAGAGAAACCAAAUUAUUCAAAUUUUAAUCUGAUUGAUAAAUUAGAUCUUAGAGAGAAUAUCUUAUAUGAAAAUAUAUUUAGAAUGAUAGGAAUAACUGCAUUUCCAAUUAACAAAAGAGAUUUACCAAACGGAACAAACGAAGAUAUAAUUGAUCCAAAUUUACUUCCCCAAAAUCGAAAUGUAGCAUCAAUAUCAGAUGAAUUACUAGGUAUCAGAUUUGAUAUAUAUUCAUCACAUUCCAAAACAUUCAAAACUCCACAUUAUAUCAUUUUACGAAAAAUAAUGAAUAAAGAUUUCACAUUAAAUAAAUAUUACUCGAUUUAUAAAGAUACAAUUCCACUAUACAUUCAUUUAAAAGAUCAUGAAGACGUACUUCAAAACAAUAAACAUUCAGAAAUUGACAACUUAUCUAAAUUUACUUAUCUAGUCUAUGAAAAAUUAAUUAAAGUACAAUACAAAUUUGAUAAAUUUGACUCAUUAAUGCAAUUCAACAAAAUAAAAGGAAAUAAUGUCUUAAUUACCAGUAUUAAUAAAGAUCUCGUAUGUGAACGAGUAACCAUAAAUUUACAAUUUAAAAAUGGGAAUAAGAGGAAGAAUUCACGAUUUAAAGAAGAAAUUGAAUUGAUGUGUCUGUUUGAUUCUAUUGAAGUUGUUAAAUUUAUAAAUUUUAAUGAUGAAUUUAAAGAUAGAUUGAUACUAUCUAGAACAAUAUUACAGAAUCUGAAAAUAACUGAUUUAAAUAAGAAUUUUAGAAAGGUGUUUGAGUUGAUUAAUGAAAGUAAGGAGAACUAUAAGGAUGCAAUUGAACAGUAA